UUUUGAUCAGAGGAUAUCCUUAAAAUGGUGCUAAAAUCUCAUAAAUAAUUCAACGCAAUCAAACAUGGAUUUUUCACUUCUUGAUUCAAUAAUAGAGUGUUCAGUGUGCCUAGAGCGACUUAAACAAGAUGCUCGAGUACUUCCAUGCCAACAUACAUUCUGUUUAGACUGCCUAAAGCGAGUUGCCAAUAAAAAUCCACAAACUCCAAUUGCUUGUCCUGAAUGUAGACAACAGACCAAUAUUUAUGAUAUCAAUUUGCUUCCGAAAAACGUUUUCCUCAUUAGACUUCUCGACCAGAUAAAACAGAAAGCAAAUGGUUCACCGGAUGUUAAAGACGAAGAAAUUUCCACACCCAUUACAACAACAAAUAGUUCUGAUAAAACUAAAGUAGUUUCGACUGGAGUUUCACAAUCAAAGCCCCAGCAAAAUGAAGUGAAACAACAUCAGCAGACAAGUGUUCCUCAUGCAAAAGCUUUGUAUGAUUUCCAAAUGAAUCCUUUAGAGGACGAAGGAUGUCUAAAAUUUCAGAAAGGAAUGAUCAUCCAAGUGACACGAAGAGUUGAUCAAAAUUGGGCUGAAGGAAAAUUAGGUGAAUCUGUUGGGAUUUUUCCUUUAUCAUUUGUUAAUAUGAAUCAAGCAGCGACAAGUUUAAUGCAAAGUUAUGCAACUAAAUGGAGAUUACCAGCGUCAAUGCCCUCCACUUCAAAUUACGAACAAGCACCAACGACAUCAACAAAUCCUUUAAGGCAAAUUCCAGUUUUACAACCAACACCAGCUCAUCCUUAUCUUAUCCGUCCAACAAGUCCAUCUAAUAAUAAUAUUAAUCAGAAUAAAUCAAAUGUAUUGCAAGAUAAAUCUGGAAUCUACAUUGCGCUACAUAAUUACACGCCACAAAAACCAGAUGAACUCGAGUUGAAAAAAGGAUUACAGUAUAUCGUGAAGGAAGCUUGUCAAGAUGGUUGGCUUAAAGGAUGUUGUUCAGAUAAUCUGUUUAGGAAAGGAGUUUUUCCUGGGAAUUAUGUAAUGCCACUCGCUUAUCAUCAAAAAUUGAUGUCAGCACAAAGAAAUUCUAAUUUCCAGACACAAAAAAAUCAAACAAAUUUAAAUACUCAACAAAUGAGAACAACUGGCGCUUACACAAAUCUGGGUCUUUCCUCAAUCCCACCUGAACUUCCACAAAGAAAUGUGAUCCCAUCAAGCCGUACUAGCCAUUCCCCAUUAGCUCAUACUAACAACACGCCAGAAUCUAUGGCGAGUGAAACAACAACUGCUCAAACGCAAAAGACUGACGACAAUCUUAACAAGUUAAACAAGAAAGAAACUGUCACCGAAAUGCUGAUGAAAAAGUUGGGAUAUACUCGAAAAUCAAAUGAUUCAAGUGUUUAUUCCAUGGAUAAUCCAGUAUUUGAAGAUUCCACGACAACUUCAAAAGUUGGAAGUUCUAAUCAAUUGUUUUAUAAUCAUAAUAGAUCUGGAUCAUGUCCAAUAGAUUUAGGUAUAUCUAAUUCUGACAUCGAGAAUCUUCAGACAAAUUCCGAUACAAAAUCGAAUGCAAUUGUUACGAAACGACACAGCAUCAACUUAUCAGGACCAUCAAGUACUACAAAACAUAUCCAAAAUACUCAGAUAAAAACUCAGCAUAGAAAAUCGAGCAGUCUUGAUACAACUUCUCUUGAACCUAACAAUUCAACGACACAAAUGGCUCGAUAUCGUUGCGUGACAAAAUAUCCCGCCAACUCUCGUUUUGAGUUGUCGCUGAAUGUUGGCGACAUUGUUAUUUUACAGAAGAAGCGUGAUAACGGAUGGUACAAAGGUGAAUUGACUAGAACAGGGCAAGUUGGAUUAUUUCCAGCAAAUUUUGUUGAACUUGUUGAAAAUAAUUAA